GCCGGGCAGGACCCGCUCCGGUGUUGCGGGCCGACGGCGGAGGGGUCAGGGUCCGCUCCGCACCGGGUCACGGCAGGGCGGGCGCCGCACUUUGGCCGCGAGCCCGGGGGCGAGGCAAGCAGCGGGGCUAGAAAUACCCGGGCGGCCUCGGCCCCGCGCGCAGAGGAGGCGCCCGGCCCGGGGCUUGUUUCUGACAACCCCAGCGAUGUGGAGAAGCCUGGGGUUUGCCCUGGCUCUCUGUCUCCUCCCCUGGGGAGGAACAGAGAGCCAGGGGCAAAGCUCCUUUUGCAAGCGACCUCCAGCCUGGAGCAUAGGGGAUCACGACCCAAUGCUGAAUUCCAGUGGGUCGGUGACCGUGAUAGCUCUUCUUCAAGCCAGCUGAUCCUUUUGCAUUGUGCAGGCUUCUAGAUUGGAAGACCUGCGAGUAAAACUGGAGAAAGAAGGUUUUUCUAACAUCUCCUAUGUUGUUGUUAAUCAUCAAGGGCUCGCUUCUCGAUUAAACUAUAUGUAUCUUAAAAAUGAGGUUUCAGAGCAUAUUCCUGUUUAUCAACAAGAAGAAAACCAAACAGACGUCUGGACUCUCUUAAAUGGGAACAAAGAUGACUUCCUCAUAUAUGACAGAUGUGGCCGCCUUGUACAUCACCUCGGCAUGCCUUUCUCCAUCCUGAGCUUCUCGUAUGUGGAGGAGGCCAUUAAGAUCGCUUACUGUGAAGAGAAAUGUGGAAACUGCUCUCUCACGACUCUGAAAGAUGAAGACUUCUGUAGAAAUGUGUCUUUGGCUACCAUGAGAAAAGAAACAGAGGCUCCCGAGUCACUGCAUCAUCACCAUUACCAUCACCAUCACCAUCACCAUCACCGUCACCGUCACCAUCACCACACACAUGGGCAUCAGCACCCCGGGAACAGCCGGCUUUCAGAGAACCAGCAACCGGCAGCACCAACCUCGUCUGAGCUCGCCCCGCCUCCAACCCUUCACACCCAUCAUAAGCUCGCGGGCCCCCAGAGACAGGGUCACCCAGUGCACUGAGAUGUGCCAGGAAGUGAAACUCUACCACUCUCUUCUUCACAAAAGAAACUCUGAGGAAAGAGGUGCAUAAAUCAGUUACUCUGAAAGUUGCCCACAGAUCCAGAGGUAGCUCCUAAUAGCUGAUGCUGACAUUGUCGACAUCUGAUAUUUGCAAAAACAGGGUCUGCAAUCACCUGACAGUGCCAAGAAACCCUCCCCUCUCUAUGUAGCUGACAGGGACUUUGGGCAGAGGAGAAUGUCACCGAGUCUUGACAGUGACGUUUGCUUCCAGCUGCCUGACAGGAAGGUCCACAGCCCAAGCCCACGGAAGCCAGCACCAACUGAAGCUGAAAAAAUAAGGCAGAAAGGUGAAAAUGACCUUCAAACUAAAUAUUUAAAAUAGGAUAUACUCCCAAGUCAGUAGAGAUGCAAUUUCACUUAGCAUUUUCACAAGCCACCUAAUUCAGGAUGAUUACAAAUUAGGAAUUGGAUUUGUGCAAACAUAAAAAUAAUCUAUAUUGGUUUCCAAAUUUUAAGAUUUAUCCCAAAGAAAAUUUUGACCCAAACCAUUCAAAAAAUAUUUUUUUAUUUUUUAUUAAAGGGCAACUGAAAGGUGAUUGCAGCACUUGGUUCAUCUGUCUUUCUUCUCCUUCCUCCAGUGUUCUACUUGCGUUAAUGAGAACAGGAACGUAAACUAUGACCUAGGGGUUUCUGUUGGAUAGUCAGCAAUUUAGAAUGGAGGAAGAACAACAAAGACAUAUUUUCCAUUUUUCUUAAUUCUCAAAACAAUAUUAUCUUUGUCUUUUUUAACUUACUAACUGAUUAAACCCUUAAAGGAAGAUGUGAAUUCUGUCUUUUAAGAUCCAGAAAUACUUAACAUCUGAGUAUUUUGCUAUGACUACAUUUAAAAUAUUCAUUUAUACUUGUUUAUAUCUAAGACUCAAAGCUUGACUUUACGAUUGCCUGUGAAAGAACCUUUUAUCUAUUGUUUUCUUUACCUGUUGUUGUAUCAAACUCUUUAAAACUCGAGAAUGCCUGUCUAGAAAGAUAAAAGGGGAACAUUUAAAAAAAGCUGUCUAUCUCUUGAUUGCUUAGAACGUAUUUCCAUAGUCAAUGAUGGUUCAAUAGGUAAACUAAGUCCUAUAAACCUGAACUCCUUUAUGGUUAAUACUAUUAAGCAAGAAUUCAAUACACAGUUGGCCAAAGGAUGGAUUUAUUUCAAUAAACUCAAUUUUAAAAGUU